CGGUCUCGCGCGUGCCACGACGACGUUGCAGGACCGCGUCAGAAACGACGGCGACCUCCCUUCAUCGUAGCCGGACUUCGUGCCACCCCACGGAUCUCGGACGCCAGCAUCGCACAGGCUGCCACCCCUUGUUCAAGAACCGAGCACAGGCGAAAGAGACAUGGCCACGGCUGCUCAUCCGCCGGCCGACAGGCCAAACUUGGACAAGAGAAAAGCAUCGGCGAAGAUGCUGGUGUCACUUUACCCUAGGAUUCCAAAGACUGCCUCGGUGCUGCUGGAGUUCUUCAUCAAGCGCGAGAGCAAGGUGUCCCUGAUGCGCGAGCCACUGUCGCACUUCUGCCAGGAAGAGGUGGUUCUCCAUGCGCAAGAGUGCCAACUCAAGCUCACCAAACAGGUCAUCACGUACCAGGACAUCCGCGAUAUGGUCGAGAAUUUGGUCGGUCUCCAUAACAUGUGUUUAAAGAAAAAUCCUGAAGUUGCGAAAGAACUAGGCAACACCGUACGCAAGCUGACUAUCAUCGUGGGCGAGGUAGCGACAUCCUUGGAGAAGAUUGCCGAAGUCCCCGUCACGGACUGGAUGGCCAUUGGCGACGCUAUUGUCAACAAGCUUGAACGGUUAAAUCCACCUAAACCACUUCCAUUCGCCACGUUUAUUCCACGGAUGCGUGACUUCAAGAGCUUGAAGAUGCUCGGGGCUGGCGGCUUUGGGGCUGUGUAUUUGGCCAACUACCGCCCUGCCAACUACGUGACGACGGUGAAGCUGGUUAACAUGGACCGGUUCAGCCGGCACAAGCAGGCCGCCAUGGACAAGGUUGUCGCGUCCGUCAUCAGGAACCCAUUUCUCGUCAAGUACUAUUGCUGCUUCUGUGUCAAGGAGGCGUACGUAACCAUCAUGGAGUACAUCGCUGGCCUAGAUCUGAUGCGCGUGGUGACUAAGGAGGAGUACUUGGAGAUCGAGGCCGUGCGCAUCAUCAUGGCGCAACUGAUACUUGCGCUGGAGCAUAUGCAUUUGCGCGGAUUUCUCCACCGGGAUGUCAAGGUGUCCAACAUGCUAAUUUUGCCGGGCGGGCGAGUGAAAGUGAUCGACUUCGACACAGUUAAGGUCUGCAAUGGUCACUUCGCCAAGCGUCUCCUGAGGGGCUACUUUCGGAGAACUCCCUUCGAAUUCCACGACGGCGAGUCGGCCGGCACCAUACCGUACAUGGCUCCGGAAAUUCUCAAAAGGAGACCGUACGGUCGUGCUGCCGACUGGUGGUCGGCGGGGAUCGUCAUGUACAAGCUGAUGACGGGCCGGGUGCCGUUCCGAGGGAAGUCCAAGCAGCUGCUUCGCGAGCGCAUCAUCACGUCGCCGCUGAAGUGGCCGCGGGCCGACGAGCAUCCUCACUCGGCCACCACACCGGCCAAGGACAUGACGUAUCGAAUGCUCAAGAAGAACCCCGUGGAACGGCUCGGCUCGCGCAACUACAGCGACUUGAAGACCCACCCGUUCUUCGACCAGUUCAACUGGCAGGUGCUUUUCAACAAGACCGACUUGUGCGAGAUACCGAGCAUCGCCGAAAUCAUGAACAGCGACGCCGCGAAAGACGGCAAAGCUGUGGACCCGGACGACAAGCGCAAGCACCAGCAGAUCGAAGAAAUGACCGACGUGAGCGCCGACAGCCAGAAACCGUUGCUCUGCUACGCUUCGCCUAGUUUCAAGAAACUCAUGCUCAAGGUAAAGGCGAGCAAGACGGCCAUCAAGUUAUCCGACUCCUUCAUGGAGUCCAGCGGGCAGAGCUCUUCAGCCAUCGACUACAAGGGGAACUCUCCGGUGUCCACGAGCAGAACCGCGCCGCUGAGCAGCGUGGAAGGUAAAGACAGCGUGGCCUCCGAGAAGGUGGACCUCAUGCUUUACCGAAGGAAGCAGUACAUGAAGUUCUGGGGCUUCGGCUUCUCGCUGCGGCGUGUCCAGGGAGAGGAAGCGAGCUAUACCUACGUGGACACGGUGACCAGGGGCUCGCCGGCUGACAUGUCCAAGGUGCUGCCGCUGGACUUCAUUCUGAACGUGAACGGAAUCGCGGUCGUGGACGCGCCGUUGGCCCGGGUCAAGAAGAUCAUCAGCGCUGCCGGCGACCAAAUGGUGCUGUCGGUAAUGUCAUCGAGCCCGUACCGGAUGCUCACGAGCCGUCGAGACAUGCUGGGCAUCAUUCGUGGCAUGCCCCGGGAGUCGGCCGUUGUUAAGACCGCUGCGUUCAGCUGCAUCGGCGGCAAGCCGUACGGCAUCGGCGUCCUCGACGUCGACGUCGCAGACGACAGACUCAAGCAGUCGGCUAAGUGCUUCGUGCUACUGUACGCAGACGUGGUCAGCUCGAACAACAAGUUGGUCUUCCCGGGUGAUGUGCUCUUCCAGAUCGACGGCGCAUCGGUGGAGGGCAUGUCGCGGAUGCAGGUCGAGCAACUCCUGGGUGGUGGCAAGCCUGAAGUCACGCUGUCGGUGGCUCCCCUGUCGCCAUUACGCAAAAGGCGGUUCCUGAUCUCCAAGUUGCACGAGACAGGCCUGACCGACGUUAACGUUCCAUCAAAGUCUACUGCUGCUGAUAUAGACUGAUUACUCUAUUAUUGCCCCUGUCCUCCGACAAUUGAGUUAUCGCAUAUGUAUGACAACUGCGUUAUUCUGCUUGGUGGAAAGCGAUUAAGUUAAGAACACUUGUUUUACAACAUUGACAGAUCUGGGACGCAAGCUUCCAACCAUAGCGCUGUUGCUACUUUGGCGACAUUUCGCCAGUGGUUAUUUAAGGUAUGUCUAGAAUACGUUUUGUAAUUACGUUGGAUUUGAGCGGAACGCGUUUUUAGUGGACCGUA